CUCCGUUCAUCGCAUCUGCAAUUUGGAAUGAUCCGUUAGCCUCUCACUCGCACUCGCACCCGCACCCAACGAAUCUCCUCGCGCGCCAGCUCCAUCAUCUGCGCGACAAAGCCGCGAGACCGAAGAGGAGGCGUUUGCUUCGAUGGCGGAAGGGCCCGACGCGCCGUCGUCCACGCCACAGCCCCCGCCGCCGCCUCCGCCGUCGUCAUCGCCGGAGAAAUCCCCUCAAGGCAAUAUCCGGCAACAGACGCAGGUUCCGUUAUCCUCUGCUUUUCCAGUUCCUGGAAAUGGUGGUAUGCAAAUGCUCCCCAUCUUCUAUCCUACCCAAGGUCCCAGCCUAAGUAAUUCGCAGAAUCAAGAACAGACAAAUAGGGGAGCUGGCAUUUACGCAGUUCCAGUUUCUCCGUACCUUGGGUUUUCUGGAUUCCAAUCCAACAAUCUCAUCCCUCUUACCUAUAACAUACCAACUAGAAGAGUUCAUGAGGCGGGGUCAACAGGUGAGGAACAGGGGCAGGUGGGCCACCAGCAACAGAACCCCCAGCAACAGCCUGCACCUCAGAGACAAGUUGUUGUGAGAAGAUUUCAGAUUGCAAUUCAGCUUGAUUUGUUGCUCAUUUUGAAGCUGGCUGCUGUGAUAUUUUUGUUCAACCAAGAUGGAUCAAGACAAAGGCUGGUUGUCCUUGUGUUUUUUGCUUCCAUCAUUUAUCUGUAUCAAACUGGAGCUCUGGCGCCAUUGAUUCGAUGGCUUUCUCAAGGCAUGCAGAGAGCGGCUGCACCUCCUCAUCCACCAAGGCCUGCUGUCAGAGCUGAGAAUGACCCACCUGCUGCAGGUCAAGGAAAUGAAAAUCAGCCCCUGGCAGUUGAUGGACAAGCUGGCGCUGAGAACGAGAACCAUGCAGUGGAAGACGAUGGAAAUCAGGCAGCUGAGAACCGGAAUGCAGCAGAACCGGGUGCUGAGAAUGGGGCCAAUAAUUGGUGGGGGAUUGUGAAGGAAAUCCAGAUGAUUGUCUUCGGUUUUAUCUCUUCCUUGCUCCCUGGUUUUCACAACAUUGAUUAGGUUAAGCGGUUUAGCCAGGCAGUGGCUUCAGAGGCUCAAUCUAAUGCUUUUUGUGUUUUAGUGUUUUUUUUUUUGAAAUAAAUGUACAAAAGUCAUAGCUGGGUCUAUGUUGAUAUAGGAGGAGAGAGGUAUAUUACAGGAACAGAAGGAUCUUGGAUAAAUUGGUUUCGAACCAUUCAGUUUGUUCUCCUUUUAUAUGAAACAUAUAUCAAUCCAAGGGAUUUUGUUUAAAA